AUGCUUCCUGUAAACCUAGUUACUGAGGUAUCAGUGACCAAUUGGUUCCUCAACCCACCUAAACAGGCUACUGAUUGGUCUGCCAAAAUAAGGUAUUUGUCAUUCUGGAAGCGCGGGGCUAGUCCUAUCCAGGGAAUGAUGAUCGGGGACUUGGGAGGGAGGGGGAAAAGAGCGAUCUCGGUACGAUCUGGAGAAAUAUACUAUACACAACCAUUUACCUCCAUUACAUUCCAGGUCCCCGAACCCCAUCCCAUCCCAUCCAUGUCAACGUCCGUUAACCCUUGGUCUCACAUGAAAUACAAAAAUCCCUCCACAGCUAUUGAACUUCUACAGGUGGUUCUGAGCGGUGUCAAACGCCAUUCAUACAUCGCCUUACUUACACAGCUUUUUUACUCGGUUACUACUAGUAAGUUGACUCCCCCAUUAUUUUUAAUGUACUUCAAGAGACUGGAGUCGACAUACGUAAAUAAUUAUAAUAAUAAUAAUAAAAGGAUUUACUCCACCUCUAUCGCGACCACCACCUACUAUAGACCCGGCUGGACGGAAGCAAAAUGCUACGACCAACAUACUACUUAA